GUAAAAGUCUGGAGGAGUUAAUUGAGGUGGCUAGAGAAUUAGAAGUAAAAAGUGAUAAGUUAGAUAGGGCAAUUUCUAUAGUCUAUUUUUAUAUCGGAAAGAUUUUUUACGAAAAAAUGGAAGAGUUUUAUAGUGAGAAAAGUUUAGUAGGAGAACAAAAAAACCAGAAAAUCUUGACCCGGAGCAACUCUGUGUCUUCCUGCUCACAAUGGCUAAAGAACCAAAUGGCCACGAGCUCGCACCUUAACCCACUGGGCGUGGAUGGUCAUGAGGAAAUCGACUUCCUGAGGUCACUUACCAAGAUACAUAUUCCGACAUCCAAAGAAGAUGACAAUAAAAGAUUAUGGUUUGCUGCCGACCAUCAAAUUCUUUCAGUGACAAAGUAUCAAAAAAGAAAGAGA